GAAUUUGAACAACAACAAACAGUAGUGGAAAAGAAUUUGCAGUCAGUGAUUCGCGUUCGUGAUAGGACUAAUUCAAUGGAAACGCUGUGGCAAGCGACGGAUUUUUUGGAUUGGGUUUAUCGGCUGAAGAACAACGAUAUAGAAGAUUCGAUAAAGGAACUGCAGAGUAAUAAAUUAAACUGGGAGUGUGACGAAAGUAAACAUUCGGAAGUAUUUGAAGAUUCAUUAAAUAAUAGUAAGAUCUCGAUAAAUAUGACCCCUGUAAAGAGACAAUUGAAUGAGAGUAUUCACCAGUUCUCGAUGGACGCGUCGAUACUGGAAGCGACAAUGAACGAUACAUCCUUAAUACAUGAUCAACAGGAAAAUGUAAAUGCAUGUCUCACUCAAAUCGAAGUCGCCGCAAAAACGUUGAAAAAGUUAUGCCAUCGGUAUCAAAAUCACGAUACUAAAUCAAUCGUUGAAUCAUUGGGUAAGAUGCAAAAUAUUAUAGAGUCCUUAAAAAAUAUUUUCCAGAAUAAAGAUUCGAGUGAAUGCGAGGAUGUAAGUGCAAAUUCGAUAAACAGUGCCAAUAAUACUGUUAUCGACAUGUCGAACGACGUAAAGAACAUUUCUUCAAAUAAAGAUGCAGACAAAUGCAAAGAAAAAGAUGCUAUUUCAAUAGACAGUAUUAAUAAUGACUUAGCUAAAUUAACAACAGAAGUUACUGAAAAUUGCUCAAAUCAUAUGUCACCGAAAAAAUCUAGUAUGCGGAAUAAUGCGCUAGUUACGAAAGUUGAAAAUGUUCAAAAGAACGUAAGGUUUAUUGAUAAAACCGAACAAUGA